AAUAUAUCUCUUAAUGUAAACAUCAGUAAGACAUCAAAUCAAAAUGAAAUCGUUUAUAAUUGUGUUUGGUCUUGUAUCCUUAGCUUCUGCAAGUUUAAUAACACCAGAAACACCACAAGAAAAAACGAAAUUCGUUGCCAUACAUAAAAAGUGUCAAGCCGAUCCAAAAACUUUUGUCGAUGAAGACUUGGUGACCAAAACCAUCCAGGGCAUUUUUACCGAAGACCAGCAACUUAAAAUCCACAUGCUCUGCAUGAACCAAGGUUUUAAUUACAUACAACCUGGUGGAGGUUUAAAUGAAGCAAUCCUUAAACAAAAAUGGUCCGCACAUUAUGAUGGUAGCGACUACACCAACCUUUUGAAAUGUUUGGUGAACAAAUCCAAUGAUGUAGAAACGUCAUGGGACAUGCUUAUUUGCAAACAUAAGACUGUAGGACAUUUAGGUUGAAUUAUACAUAUGUAAAUAAUGUCUAAGGACUUUUACGAAAAUAAAGUGUUUAUAAAUGUUA